CAUUGUUUCUUCUUCAAAUUGGAAGGAGGAAUGAAGAUAUAAUUUUUUAGUAGUAUUGUGAAGAAAGAAGAAAAGAGAAUCUGCUUUAUUGGGAGAUAUUAGCUAAAGACAUUGUUUUCCACUUUAUGCUCUUAAAGGUUCUACUUUCCUGUCUGAGAGGGAGCAUUUUCCCUUUUCACUGAGCAGCAUUAUCCUUGAUCCUUCAUGGAAGGUUAUUGAUGGAAGAAGCAAACUAGAGGCUAGUUAGACUAUAUUCCUUUUGCUUUGUGUCAAUGAGAUAGAUAGAUAGAUAGAUAGAUAUGAGAAUGAAUGAGCCUCUUCUUUCUUCUUUUACUUUAACUUGUUAGCUAACACUCUCUCUCUCUCUCUCUCAGUCCCUAUAAAGCUGCAAAGCCUAUUUUGUUCCUUGUUGAGUGCUGCAAGAUAUCUCAUAUCUCUCGAGCCAACCUUAGUCAAAAUUCACUUUCCCCUUUAAUCAUCAUACACUUUUGUUUAUUUCAACUCCAUUAUUAUAUCCUUACACUCCAUGUAGCAGUACCACUGCUCCUAGGAUAUAUAUAUAUAUACAUUGUUUAUUUUCUCUUUUCAGAAGAUGAGUAGUGAUGUUGAAAAUGCCAUGAGGCUUCAACAGGAAGAGAAAAAGGGCAUUCUGAUGAGUUGUCCUUCUUCAUUGGGUUUGGGGACAAGUGGUUCAGAAAUGGCAAGUUCUAAUUCUGAGCCUUCAAAUGUAGCUAAUCCCUUUCUUGCUUCCUCUGCUUGGGAUCCUCUUACUCCUUUAACUCAACUUCAAACUACUAAUACUACUACUCUUGUUGGAGACCCUUCUACUUCUUCAAUACCAAUACCAAUACCAAUGGUUUCUCAUCAUAAUAAUGAAUUCUCCAACUCAUUGUUGUACACUCUUGUUUUGGAAAACCAGCAGGCUCCCCACAUUGUUCAAUACAUGUCUAGAGAUAUGGUUCCAAUCCCCAAGGUUCAGGUUCCUGUAUCCUAUGGAAGUGGGAGCUUCUCUGAAAUGGUUGGCUCCUUUCUCCAAUCUCCAAACAGUGAGCACUCACAGGGAGAAGGAGAAGGAGAAGAUUCAGGAUCAGCACCUAGUGGAAAUAGAAGAAGAAAGAGAGGCCAUGAACAUAAUAAUAACUCUACUUUCAGUCCAAACAAGAAUGCUGAAGAUUGUUCUGGGAAGAGAAAAAAUCAAGAUGAUGAGAAGAAAGCAAAAGUGGAAGAAAAUAAAGACAAAAGUGGUCAAAGUGGAGAAACACCUAAAGAGAAUUUCAUUCAUGUGAGAGCAAGAAGAGGCCAAGCUACUAACAGUCACAGCCUUGCAGAAAGGGUAAGGAGAGAAAAGAUUAGUGAGCGAAUGAGGUUGCUUCAAGAACUUGUUCCAGGAUGCAACAAGAUAACUGGCAAAGCAGUGAUGCUUGAUGAGAUUAUAAACUAUGUGCAAUCAUUGCAACAGCAGGUUGAGUUUUUGUCCAUGAAACUUGCCACUGUGAACCCAGAGCUGAAUUUGGACCUAGAGCGGAUUCUCUCAAAAGAUAUUCUGCAAUCACGAAUUGGUGGAUAUGGUGGUGGUAUAAGCUGCUCUCAAGCAUUCCCUAGUUCCAGCUUCCAAGGAACACUAGUGCCCAUGCCUACCACUUCAAAUCAACUCCCUCCCUUGCCUCAGAGUCUGUUGGACCAUGAAUUCCAAAACUUGUAUGGAAUGAGCUAUGAUUCUAGUACAGCUCUUGGGAACAUGGGGCACAAUGGAGGAUCCAAACCAGAGUUAUAGUGUACUGUGUGUAAAAGACAUUGGAAUUGUCCAUUUGAUUGAAAAAUUAACUCAAGUUGGAUGAAGGGAGUAAUAAAGGAUUCAUAUUUAGUUAAUAUGUCAGCGGUAUAGGAUCUAAUAACCUAACGGUUCGCCAAGAUUAGUUAAUCAGAUUUGUGAAUUAUCUAUGUAUAUUUGAAUUGGGUUCACCAAGUGGGGUUCUGAAUUGUUUCAACCUAAGCUAGUGUUCCUUGUUAGAAAAAAUGUGGGUACUAUUGUAAGGUUAUUUGGUUUUCUAGUUUCCUUUUUUUUUUCUUUUGUGAUGAACGAAAGGUUUCUUA